AUGAAAAAUCCCGAACCGCCUGAAAAAAAAGGUUUUCGUCAUCCCGUUCAAAAUACUGUUGUACGCACAAACCGUAUUUUGAAUACAUUAUUAGGAAUUGUUGCCAAAUGUGAUCAACGUGAUAAAUUUCAAGUAACACCCACAUCUGUACCCUAUUUAGCUGCAUUAAUCAGUGUCUCAGAAGAAGUUCGUACACGAUGUCAUUUAAAACAUCGGAGCUUAUUACCUCCAUCUCAAAGUACGACGUCAAUUGCCGAUUUUGUCAAUGUUCAAGCAGCGUUCACUGGCGGACAUCAACAGGGUCAAUCGGUGAUAGCAACGACAACGAGUGGUCCACGUCGUCAAAAAAGUUGGGAAAUGAAUAUUGAUCAACGUGGAAUUGGUCAACAACAACGAGCAAAAAAUACCCGUUUAUUGUUCAUACAGAAUCCGUAUGUGAGACAUUGGAAUAGUUUUGAUCUUGAACAUGCUGUUCCUCGUAUAUUAUUAAAACCAACUGUUCAAAUGUUGCCCAUAUUACAACAACCAAAACGUUUGGUUCAAGGAAAUAUUCCAACAAUCUCAGUGAUUCCAAGUGGACAACAAACUCUGGAUCCAACACCUCAAGGCCGCGAGCGAUCAGAAAGAAAUUCCAUCAAUGAGAAUAAUGUUCUGUUAGAUCCUGAAGUGCUCACCGAUACAUCUACGCAAGCACUCCUCUUAACCAUGUUGGCUACUCUAGUUCGUAAUACAUCUGAUGAAAAUGAAAUGCGUAUAUUGUAUGAAUAUUUGUCGGAAGCAUCUGUUGUAUUUCCUCGUGUAUUUCCUGUUAUCAAUAAUUUACUUGAUUCCAAAAUUAAUUCAGUUCUUUCACUCUCACAUGAUGAAUCAAUUUUAAAUUCUGUGCAGUCGAUUAUACAAAAUCAAAUUGCAACAUGUGGAGACGAUUCAUCAACUCAACAACAACAACUCUCUUAUUUACAAUCAUGUGGUUUUGGUGGAUUAUGGCGUUUUGCUGGUCCGUUCACAGUAUCAAGACAAAAUCCAGACAAUGUUGAAUUAUUUGUCAAUUGUCUUGAAGCCAUGGUUGAAACAUGUUUACCUGCUGAUGAGUUAGAAUUAACUUCUCAACUCAAUUCACAUUCAUCACAAACAUUUCCUAUUACCGGUGGUCUACAUUCAACAAUUAAUGUUAACUUGUCGAGUUCAUUAUCAAGUGUUAGCAUGGAUUCUGUUCGUUCUCCUACUGACAAGGAUCAAUUUUUUGAUUUGAACGAUUUAAAUCGUCCACAACAAUUUGGCCGCGCUCGACCUACAAUUACACAAAAGCCAAAUCUUGUUUAG